AUGGCAGAUGGAUAUCCCUGUGCUCGGAAUAUAAAUGGAAUUGAAUUAACUGUGAUUAAAACACAGGAUCAUCCAGAUCUAACUAUAUUUGGAUUAUAUCGUUCUCCUAGCAUUGCUUUAUCACAGCUACUUGCUGCACUUCGUACCAUUCAUGAAGAAAAUGUGUCUGCUCAAAGUAUUGUUAUUGGAGACUUUAAUGUAAAUUGGAUGGUGGAAUCUGAGCGACAGUCACUGUAUAACCUCAUG